GCCCGCAGUGGCCUUGAGGAAACCAAACAAUUCUGAGAGGGGUCUGUCUGUCUCUCACCAAACCAACAAUACGCCCUAACCUCCAAGACCACAGCGCUCUCACACACACGCACAUUUCUCAAUCUCACGCACGCAAACGCGUUUUCCCUUCCUCAUCCAAAGCUGUACUGAGCCACUGACGCUGAUCCCCCAAACGCCCGGAUGCACGCGAGAGACAUUCACAGCAACAUGGUUGUUUGAUUCGGAUGCGGAUGAACCGUCGGGACUGAGUGUCGGAAUCUCCUUGUCUCCACUAACCCACGAGAACCCACGCGGCGACCAGCACAACAGACGUUCAGGGAAAGAUAUUUUACAUUGAGAAAAGGGAACGACACGUAUUUUGGUGUCGCAUUCACCGCUGGUGAGAGUUUCUGUGUGGAGGAACCGUCUCAGUGCUGCGUUAUGGAAGGACAUCUCUGCCCCCCUCCCUUGGGCUCCUGUCUUCAAGCUCAGCUCCUCCUGCUUAGUUAGCACUUUGCUUCUCCUCUUGAACUCUUAAACACCCGGAGGACACCAGCAGAGCAGGGAGCCACCCAACCAGGAAGCUCCUCCUCAAUUUCCCCCCGUUCGGUUUUCUCCCCGGUUUCUCCUCUCUCUGGAAGUUGUCGAUCAACCAAACCUCCAAGAUGGACCUGGAGCCGUACUUGUGGAUGGUGAUCCUGGGCUUCAUCAUCGCCUUCAUCCUGGCCUUCUCUGUGGGCGCCAACGACGUGGCCAACUCGUUUGGGACGGCGGUGGGCUCGGGGGUGGUCACCCUGCGCCAGGCCUGCGUCCUGGCCUCCAUCUUUGAGACGCUGGGCUCCAUGCUGCUGGGGGCCAAGGUGGGCGAAACCAUCCGGACGGGCAUCAUCGACGUCCAGCUGUACAACGAGACGGUGCCUGUGCUCAUGGCCGGGGAGGUCAGCGCCAUGGUGGGUUCGGCCGCAUGGCAGCUUAUCGCCUCGUUCCUCAAGCUUCCCAUCUCUGGAACGCACUGCAUCGUGGGCUCCACCAUUGGCUUCUCCUUGGUGGCUAUAGGCACCAAGGGGGUUCACUGGAUGCAGCUGGUGAAAAUUGUUGCAUCGUGGUUCAUCUCCCCCCUGCUGUCUGGCCUGAUGUCUGGCCUGCUGUUCUUCCUCAUCAGGCACUUUAUCCUCAGCAAGGAGGACCCGGUCCCUAAUGGUCUGCGAGCACUGCCACUCUUCUACGCCACCACCAUCGGCAUCAACGCCUUCUCCAUCCUCUACACCGGGGCGCCGCUUCUGGGCUUGGAAAUGCUCCCUAUCUGGGCCAUCUUCCUGAUCACGCUGGCGGGAGCGCUGGUGUGUGCCGCGGUCGUCUGGUUCCUGGUCUGUCCCUGGAUGAGACGCAAGAUAGCAACUCGUCUGAAGAAGGAGCAGGCCCUGUCCAGGAUCUCAGACGAGAGCUUGGACAAGAUCCCAGAGGAGGAGGAGGAGUCUCCGGUCUUCAAGGAACUUCCGGGGGCCGGGGGCCCCGACGAGGCGGUGGUCCCUCUCACCUGCCGGGCCUCCCCAGACUCCAGUGGGGAGCUGAGCAGCCAGGCUAACGGAGCCAGCGUCCUGCCCAUCGGAAGGUUCUAUGGUCGGACCCACUCCAUGACUAACGGCUGUCUGAAGUCUCCGGUCGCCAACGGCAGCUUCACCUUCGACGGGCACAUGCGAAGCGACGGCCAGGUGUACCACACGGUGCACAAGGACUCGGGCCUCUACAAAGACCUGCUGCACAAGAUCCACCUGGGGCGUCUGGAUGACGACCGCUCCACCCCCGCCCCCGACAACAACUACCGCGUCCUGCGCCGCAACAACAGCUACACCUGCUACACUGCCGCCAUCUGCGGCAUGCCGGUGCAGCCGCUGGUCCGCUCGGAGUCCCGGGAGGCGCGGGAGGACAGUGAGAAGCUGGUGGGGGAGGGGGGGCGCGAGAGGGGCAGCAGCGUCUCAUACACUAAGAAGCGCGUGCGCUACGACAGCUACUCGUCCUACUGCAACGCGGUGGCAGAGGCGGAGAUCGAGGCGGAGGAGGGCGGCGUGGAGGUCAAGCUGGCCGGGGAGGAGGGGUGCGAGGAGGGGGCAGCCCCGGGGGCACUGGACGUGUGUGUGGAGGAGGAGAAGGAGGAGAAGGAUAAGGCCGAGGUGUUCCUCCUCUUCCACUUCCUGCAGAUCCUCACAGCCUGCUUCGGCUCCUUCGCUCACGGAGGAAACGAUGUCAGCAAUGCCAUCGGCCCCCUGGUGGCGCUGUGGAUGAUCUACGACCAGGGGGGCGUGAUGCAGGACGCAGCCACGCCCAUCUGGCUGCUGUUCUAUGGAGGCGUGGGGAUCUGUGCGGGGCUCUGGGUGUGGGGCCGUCGCGUCAUCCAGACCAUGGGCAAGGACCUCACCCCCAUCACCCCCUCCAGUGGGUUUUGCAUUGAAGUUAUGAGUGCUCUAUCAGUGCUUGUUGCCUCUAAUGUAGGCAUCCCCAUCAGCUCCACCCACUGCAAGGUGGGCUCCGUGGUCGCCGUGGGGUGGAUCCGCUCUCAGAGGGCGGUGGACUGGAGGCUCUUCAGGAACAUCUUCCUGGCCUGGUUCGUCACCGUGCCGCUGGCCGGCCUGUUCAGCGCUGCCGUCAUGGCCCUGUUCGUGUACGGCAUCUUGCCCUUCGUCUGAGAGAGAGAGGGCCUCAGGCAGGGGGGAGCAGAGGAGGGAAGGUGGAGAGUAGGGAGGAGAGAGAGGGUGAGGAGAGAGAGAGAGGUUGACCUGAGGAGGGAAGGAUCACAUGCUGCCUGGGUUACAGUCCAGAGAGAUCUGACUUCAUAUCCGUCAAUUAUUUAUUUUUUUGUUUCGUUUUCUUCAUUUUUUUUGCAAAAAUAUUGUGUGUAACCGACGUUGUCAAUCGUAAUGAUCAAACUGCUGUAUAUACAAACACUAGGAGGCAUUCUGUGAUAGUUACCAGGGUGCAUGGAGAGGACAAACAAAGUUGUUUCCUCAUUAGAAAACUUGAACUCCAAAACAGCAGACAUGGCAAUACGUCCAGUAAAAAACAUUAAUAGAUCAAUCUACAUUAUGCGACAUGCCACCCAAUCUACCAGUAAAUCCGUCAUUGCAUAAACUGUGGUGGUGUAAUCGGUGAAAUAGUUCUUAAUGCCGAAAAUUGUAAAUAUUGUAUUAUUUGACCGUGAUUUGAUGUGAUGCAGCUUGCUUUAAGAAAAAACUAAAGUGGUCAACUGACCCUUCCCUUUGAGCUGCUCGCCAGCCCUGCCCGGACAUCAGGGACUCGACUAAGCCUCAGAGGCAUGCGGAAAAGAGCAAAUUGUCCUUUUUUUAUUUAAAACUAGAGAGGGUACAAUUUCUGGGGAAAUUGUAGGGUGUGCUUGCUUGCGUCGGUUGCACAGGGGUCCGUUUUUGAAUGACAUUUUUACAACUGACAUUUCUGUAUAUUUUAUAUAAAAAUGCAUACAAUUAUUUAUAAAGAUUACAUAGAUUUAAAAGCAUUUUUUUUUGCUGCUCAUUUACAACUGAAAAUACGAGUGAAGUGUAGAAUGAAAUAGAUGUCUUCUCAUUUCCCCUGCAAGAGGCAGCCUCAUCAUUGAAUCAAAACGAAUAAAUUUGGCAGACCGGUGUAAAAAUUGACCUAAUCUCUAUGACUUAAACGUCCUUUUAAGUUUUUCCCUUCUCGUGAUAUUUUAAGGAAUUUAGCCUACUCAUAUUGCAUUCAUGAAUAAAGAACCCCCUUUGAAGAUUAUUGUACGACGUUACCGGCAGUAGAAGAUGGAAUCGCAAUUCAAACAGUACCAACGGAAAUAAGCUUGACAUUUAUUUAGUGGAAAAUCGCUUUCAUAAAAAGCUCACUGGUAGCGAUCAUUGUCAGUAACAACGCCAAGUGCGAUAGCCCUGUGUGGAGAAGCUGCCCCGGUAAAUUGUACUACUAGUACUACGGUACAGUACUAGACUACUGCUGUGUUCGUCUUGGUAGCGAUUGCAUUGGUUGAAUUUGAUUCAACGUUCCGUUGUACGGUUUAGGCUGAAAUUAAUUAUUUUCAUGAACAGAUUGACAAAGUUUAGGCUGUGGCAAUGAAGUUAAGGUUAGUAGUUAGAUAGAUUUUUGAUUUAAGUAAGGGGAGUGCCGAACAUGUUCUGUCGCCGUUUGACUUCCUACAGCUGUGUACUGUAGAUGUUUUUGUAGUGUCUCGCGUAGGCUACAGCGUUUCAGUGAGCAACACUGGUUUGAAACGACAGGUAAUGAUAAUUUCACCCACAAAUCGUUUACUUGUAAUGUAAUGUCAUAAGAAAUCCUACAACGAAAAUGUAUUUGUGAGGAAUGUUUAUUUUAACGAUUGAAAACAGAUGCAUCAUAGACCACUGUAGUAUGUGUUGCCCGGGCAACAGAGGCUAAUGUCAUGAUGCUAAUACUUCAGUGACAUAGUAGACUACUGUUUCCGAAAGUAGAUGUACUUCCUUCAUAAAAUCAGCUUAUAUUGUACAUUACACGUCACAAUUGUGUGUCAUAUCACAAAGUAAAAUUAGUAAAUAGUUAUCACCCUGGCCUCUUUGCUUGUGGCGUUUCUGCAGCUGCCUUGCAGUAAAGCAGUUAGCUUAGCUAUCUCCCAGAAGUUAACGAGCUACUAAACUAAUGUUCUGCUAGAGGUAGUCACGCGAGUUUUCGUGACGUUAGUGACGUAAGUAGCGUCAUUGACUGUGGCUAGCAAGUUAGCCACCGUUAGCUUCACUUUUCGCCACAAAAACUUAAUUUCCACUUAAACCAUGCAACGGAACGUAAAUCCCAAUAGAAGCAACUCAAUCGCUACCAAGACGAAACUUUUGACACCUAGGUUGUCUAUGUAGGCCAAAUAUUGACUGAGUUUUAGGGGGGCAAAAAGAAUAAUAAAAAUAAUAAUAUAUAUGUGAGAGAACAAAGGUUGUGCCCUUGCCGAAGGCAAAGCACACCCAAUAACAUAUCAAACUGUCUGCACCGAAAAGUUUUAAAGAGGAUUUCAUCAUUUUAAAUAUACUAUAAUGUGUACUGUAAAUACUAUCCUCAUUGCUUUUGGGUCAUUUCAUUUUUUAGUGUUUUGUUUUUUUAUACGUACUUGUCACGGGGGCCCUCAACAGGAAGUGACACGUUGGAGUCGUCCUGACAGCAGGAUGUGACACGUUAGUCCUCCUGGACAGCCGUAGCUCGAGUGAUACCCAAACAGACGCAGAACAGUCUCUCAUUUCACCUUCAAUUAAGAAAGAACCAAAUGUACGUUUAUUCAGUCUAGUGGACCAAAAACUCAUCAAAAAGUGAUAUUCUCUUCUCCUUAUCUGAUCAUGUUAAAACAUGCAAAUGAAAAUAUUAAUGUUUCAAGUACGUUUCAGUAAUUUGACACAAACUGUAUACUGAGGAAAACAUCAGUUGAGCUCAACUGUGCUGACAGGAAUUAGUCAAAACUGCUCUUGAGAACCAAAUUAUUCUCCUUUUCAUCAGCAUAUUAGAAAUGUAUAUCUGUGUUUGUGGCUGAAUGCAGGAUGGCUCUACGCAAUUUGAAAAUUGGUGGAUUUGUUGCGGUACCUAACCAUGCCAAAAUAAGAAACAAAUCUUAAUAUCAACAUGCCAAUAAAAGCCAGAUGUCUGUGGUCAAAGUGCAGUAGCAGCCAAAAUGAUGGAACACAAAAAGGCCUUUAUCAGGCUUUACAAAAAUACAUAUCCGUUACCUGGAGACCCUGUUACCUGGCGACCCAGCCAGCCAGUCAAGUAACAGGGCUGGAGGGUAUUUCAAGUCUUCAGAUAGCAGCAGUACAUUGAGGCUCCCUGACAAUGUCACAAGUUAAUGCUAAACUUCUUCGGCGAACCCCUCACUAAAAUAUUCAGUGGGUCAGAUAAUUUCUCUCGUACCGUCAGUUCCUGGUUACCUCCCAGUUCCUGGUUACCUCCCAGUUCCUGGUUACCUCCCCUCUAACGAAGCCCCCGCAGGCGGGCUGACACAGGCCUGGCAGUUUCUCAUCACUCAAGUAGGAUGUUCUUAUACGUAUUCUUAUCAGAGCACGUGAUUAUGGUUUUAUUGUUUGGUAAACUAGCUAAUUAGAGGGAUAGGCCUACUAUCGAUGAUCACCAGCGUUUCCACGUCAUCUGAAUUGUAAAUUAAAAACAAAUGGCUUUUAAUUUUCAACAAAUCCAGUGCAAGGUGUGGCUGAUCUUUCUUUUAAUUUGUUCAUUUUUUUUCUUCUCAUGAACAAAUCUAUGCUUAAAAGAAGACGUUUGCCAAUAAAGUUGUUUACUGUGUGACUGAUACAACCAUAUAGAAGUACUGUGGUGUUUACAUUGUAACCAUGUUGUAGGGUAACUAAAACAUUUUUUGCCAAAUGAUGCCAAUGAAAGACAAAACUAUUAACCGUGAAUUAUCAAGUGCAAGAAAAAAAAUAAUACCAGAAGUGUCUAAAGAGUGUGAUGUUUCUUAGUGUGUUUAUCAUAGUGCUAAUCAUGAUCCCAGAGUCACUUUACACUGCUAAUACACACAUUAACACUACAUGUAUGGGUGCAAUUCAAUUGUGAAGCAAAUAAAUAGAGAAAUUUCA